AUGCCUGCCUUCACCGAUCUGCCCACCGAAACUCUCUCCCAAAUUUUCCACCUUUGCCUCGCCUUCAGGCCCGACGUCGACAACUACGUGCGCAAUACCUCACUAGGGACUCUCGACCCCUCCUUCGCCCGCCAACUUGCGCUCCAUUCCCUCGCGGGCGGCGACCUUGCCACCCUUGAGCAAGUCUGCUCCCGCUUCCGCAUCAUCAUCGCGGGCACGCCGUCGCUCUGGAACGAGCUAACGCUCGACCUACACGGCUUUCAUGCGGACGCGUACCUCCAACUUCCCAUCCGACCCGUCUUCAACCUCAAUGGCCGCAUCAAGCGCGAAGCAGACCAGCACAAAACGUUGAUGUGGCUGCUCAAGCGUGCUCUCCAGCGUAGUCAGAGCUUGCCCCUCACGUUGGCAGUCCGCUCCAUGGGGGAGUUUCCGCAGUCCCCUCUGCGGCUUAUCUUUGCGGAGUCCCGUCGCUGGGAGAGCGUCACGCUUGACGUGCCACCCAGUAUGCAGGUCGACUUUGGCCCGCUGAAGGGACAGCUUCCAAGGUUGAAGGAGCUGCGGGUUCCGACGGUGUAUAACCCGAUGCUUCCCAUCAGUCUUUCUCUCGUCGAUCCUUCGCCAAACCACCUCGUUGCCGUCCUCGCCUCAGCGGAGAAGCUCACGCAGCUCGAAUAUGCCGGCCCGCUUAGGCCCAUCGCCAAACUAUCCCUGCUCCACCUCCGGAGAGUCAAGCUCGGUCCUUUGGGCGUCUACGACAUUCCCUCCCUGCUGCAGUUCAUGUACAGGCUGCCGAUGGGCAGCACGCUAUUUCUGGACCUCAUGCUCAUUGCAUCGCAAGCGGAUCUCAACCGGCUUCACGGAAAGCUACUGGACAAAGGGCGGAACGAGUCGCAGAUUUCGACACUGGAACUGUCUCUCUCCCAUACUGGGGCAAUCGCUCCCCUGCUGGACCUUUUCUUCAGCGCACUGGCAAUGCCACAACUGACGAGCCUCCUCGUUCAUGCCAGCGACGACGUUUACUCGCUAAGCUGGCCAGUCAAUGCCGCCCUCCAGAUGCUCUACCCUGCGAGCAUUGGCCUACGCGAGCUCUACAUCGUCGACAUCGACAUCAAGCAGGCCCAUUUACUCCAGCUCCUCGGCUGUCUUUUGGCCCUCGAAUCGCUUGCAAUUGGUGACAAGGAACUGCCGAUUGCCCCACUCAUCACCGACAGCUUCUUUUCUGCACUUCUUGUCGAUUGGGUUGAUGCCCCGGGCGACACAAUGCUGUUGCCGAAGCUGAAGGAGCUGCAGCUCUGGACGUGUGGGGCAUUUAGCGACGACGUGUUGCGUAGUUUUUUGAUCCGACGAGAUAGACUGGGGUCUGCGGAGAGGUUCAGGCUGGCGUUGAUGUGGGUCCCCGGGACGGAGCGCGUGCUGAGCGAUGAUUUGGCGGGGACAAUUGAAGCGGGGACACAGAGGGGACAGCUAAUGUUUGAGUGUACAGCAUUCCACCGGGCUUGA